UCGACCAGCCAACGGUUUAGAUCUGCAGACCAGAAAAACCAUCAACCGUCAAACAAAAGUCCAAAAACCGUCAAAAAGAAGAGUGAGAAGAGUUUGACCGAAACCGAAACCCCCAAAUUUGUAGCGCGCAGAGAUGGAAUUCAAAUGCUCCGAUGUUCACCUGUGGAAACAAUCUCUCUCUUCCUACAAAACCCGCAUUGAAUCUCUCAACAAGCCCAACCUCGUCUCCCUCGACGAAUUCUACACCAACGAACUCCCCCUUCUCCUCCGCCAGCGAAACCCUAACCCCUACAUCACCACCUCCGACCUCUCCAAGCUCAUGCAAUGGAAGCUCACUCGAGGCAAAUGGAGGCCGCGGUUAUUAGACUUUGUUUCGUCACUAGACGAAGCCGUAGUGAAAUCUGCAUCUCAGAAGUCAUUUCAGUCUCUACCUGAUAUCUCAAAAGCUGUGUCGGAGCUGACUGUGUUGAAAGGUGUUGGUCCGGCCACUGCCUCUGCGGUACUGGCUGCUUAUGCGCCUGAUGUUGCACCAUUCAUGUCCGAUGAGGCUAUGGUCUCAGCCCUUGGUAACUCGAAAGAUUACACAUUGAAGCAGUAUCUCGUGUUCAUGGAUAAGUUACAGGCGAAAGCAAAGGAACUGAGUGCGGAAGGAGAUACAUUCACGCCAUCAGAUGUGGAAAGGGCUCUGUGGAGUUCUACAAUAGGGGCCAAGUUGCCAGCACCAUUAGCACAACGUGAUCCCGAGGCUGAAUCGACCAGAAACUCCAAAAGAAAGAGAAAACAAUGACUCAUUAUAUGGAGUUGGUGGCAGUUCUUCUCCAUAUUUUGCUUCUUGGUGAGUGGUAGGUUGCUUCUCUGCUUCCAAAACCAUUAACCAACUUCUGUAUAGCAGUCAUUGCUGAUUAAGACACAAAUUGCUUCAUUUUGGAUACAAAAUAACCAAAGCAGCAAAUUUUGUCUGAAUCAGCAAUGAUAACCAAGCACGCCCUACUUUCGUUUUUGUUUUGUUAUUUCUUGUUAAGUUUCUAAUCGUAGUUAACUGUUUGUGUGGCUUCUAACUCAACCUUGCAUUGUACUCCUGUCAUGUAGCAUUUGACUAUUGGCCCAAUCAAACUAAUGUAAUCUGUUAUAUUGUUUCGGACC